GUUAACGAUCCACCUCCGAUACGUAAAACAAAUACACAAAGUGCGUGCCAUCAACAACAACACUAAAACAACGGAUAACAAACCCAAAAGAGAGAGACAGAGAGAGACAGAGAACAAUGAGAGCUGCGACGUGGAUGUUACUCAUUUGUCUGUUAAUUGGACUAUUUAAUAGCGACUUUUGUGGUGCGUCACCAAUUGAAGAUGUGGCCUAUGACGACUACAGGAAUGAUGAUAACUUUGAUUACGACGGAGAAGACUCUGGAACAGAGGCCCCUCUGGUAGCCGUUGAGGAAGUCAAUGCACCGCCAUACUUUGAGCAGGAAGAGAUCUUUGUUAAAGCCAAGCCCGGAGAUGAUGUGAUUCUCAAUUGUGAUGCCCGAAACUUUGACAUCACAAAUGUGGCACUGUGGUACAAGAAGGAUCAAAUAGUCUCGAAUGGACCGAAUGCGAUCAACAAUCGCUUCGAAGCGCUGCGCAACAAUUCGCUGCGUCUGGCGGGAGUGACGCCCGAGGAUGGCGGCGAUUACUACUGUGCGAUCCUGCCGCAGAAUGUGAGGCAACACACAAUGCUGACGGUGGCCGCUCGGCUGUCGAUCCUUUGCGACGAUCGCGAUGUUACGGAUCGCUCGCAGACGUUCAAGCAGGGCGACCACCACAGGCUUGUCUGCCAAACGUUUCUGCCCACCAAGACGGACAUCAAAUGGUCUUUGAAUGGUCAACGACUGACCUCCGCUGGGGAUCCGGCCAGUGGUGUCAUUGUGCUGGACAACGUGGACGAAGAGGACGCCGGCGUUUAUCAGUGUCUUGGUGACGACGGCAGCAACGAUCCACCACAUGGCAUGAUCAACGUUGACGUUCAGUACAGUCCCAAGGUGUCCACACACCGACACCAUGUAAACACCCAGGAGGGCGGCAGUGCCGAGAUCUAUUGUGACUAUCGUGCCAAUCCCAUUGCGAUCAGUUUCUUCAUCAAGGAUGGCAAAACACUCUCGCUGUCCGAUAAGUAUUCCAUCAAGAAUUCGCUGCACAAGCAGCACAAUCGCACCACGUUGAUUGUGAAGAAUACCGAUGACAGCGAUCUGGGUGAGUAUCUGUGCCAUGUGGAGAAUUCCAUUGGCUCCAACGAAGUGCGUGUUCAGCUGAGCUAUGCACCUGAGACACCACAGUUUGAGAACAGCACCAUCGAGGGCAACAAGGUGACGAUGCAUUGGUUGGUUCGUAGCUUGCAACCGCUCUCUGAAGCUGUGCUCGACUACAAGCUGUCGAAGUCUAUUCACUGGAGUACCGUCUCAAUGAUCAAGACGCAGCAUCAUAACCACGACAAGGAGAGCGGCAUCUGGAAGAUUACCCACGAGAUGGAACUGACGCCAGGACUGUGGCAUGUGCGUGUCAAGACGAAGAACACCGUCGGCUGGUCGAACUUUGCACCCAAUCACGAUGUCAUCAUCAAGGAUCCAGAGGAUUCGAGUGUUGAAACGCCGCCAGAGGAUCUGGUGCGUGCUGGAUUUGGCAUCGGCGGUGGCGAUAGUGAGGAAAAGAAGAAUGCAGCGUGUACAUUCAGCUUAGUCCCAGCUCUGAUCAUGAGCGCAGGCAGCAUAGCUUUGUUACGACUCUAAGGGCGUAAGGCAACGGAGUGGACCAGGAGGAACAGCACUGCGCACCUGGUUCAAAUGGUCACCUAGGCAAUAGCAGCUUAUAUCGAUAAGAAUGCCAAUGCAAAAUACCCAAGUAUUCUAAUUAUACACACAUGCAAAUGCGAAUGCAAAAAAUGCUAAUGCGCCUGAAAGGGGUCAAUGUUAAUGUUGAUGUUAAUGUUAAUGUAAAUGUAAAUGUAAUGUCGAAACUAAAAUCAAUCACGCAUAAGCAAAUCCAAUUGAAACAUUUGUGCCAACAAGCAACUAGAAUCACAGAUAAAUGUAGAACCAGAUCAAUAGUUAGCAAGAGAGAUCAAGAGAGAUAAAGAGAGCGCGAAUUAAUAUAUAGCUUAGUUUAGAUAAAGUUAAAGAUGGAGUUAAAGAUGGAAAGAUAACUGCGACGAUUGGUUGAAAACCGCCCAAAACCUAGCAUAUAAUAUUUAUUUGUUUGUAUGUACAAGAGAGACUUCCUCCUUACCUGAACAGAUACAGAAUCGGAUACACACAAACAGAUACAGAUAGGAGUGUAAAUAAAAAGAUACGAGGUAAAUGAGGAUCAUCUACUGAAAUGGUUUGAAUGAGACAUACGCAAACACUUUUUAUUUAAUAAUAAUCAUAAUAAUAAUAAUGAAAACAAAAUAUAAUCGAAUUACGUGAAUCACUGGAAAUAUAUUACGAUAACUAGACCAAAGCUUAGACAUAUGUACCUUAAAACACAUACAUAUGUACGACUAUUUUUUACGAUGAUUAUGACGACGAGGAUAACGAUAUUCUUGAUGGGAAUUGAUUAUGAGAAGAAGAAUUACUUAUUGUUUAAGGGAGAUAUUGAACAAACGGCGUGUUACCAAGUACUUAUUUACAUACACACAAACAUAUGUUACAUACAUAUUACACAUACUAUCUAAGCAUAACGAGUAUCUAUGAAAAAAGAGAAGGAUAGAGAGUCGCUUAUUUGUUUGGCUUCGAUUGAAAUUUGUUUUGCUACAAUACCUGAAAUUAGCCAUUGGCCAUAUAAAUAUAUACAUACAUAUAUAUAUAUAUAUAUAUAUAUAUACAUACGAUCAGAUGGAAUACGGAAUAUAUUAUAUACUUACAUACAAUCAAAAAGCAUCAAUAUAAGAAUAUAUUUUGUAUACUUAUAUUUUAUUUAAGAAUCAUAAUAUAAAUAUUAAAAAUGAAAUCGAAAUCGAAAAUGCUAAUGAUAACGAUAAAAAUGUAAACAACAACAACUGAAAGUAAAAGAUAAAACAUAAAUGUGCCAAUUGCAGUAAUCAACGCAAAGAUUGUAUCUAAAAAUGUUCCAUAUGAAUUUUGCAAUUGCAAAACCUAAUUUCGAGAGCCGACCUGUUAACAUACGACUUGCAUACAUACAUAUUUAAAGCCAGUGUCUUAAACAAAUAUUGUAAUUUUUUCAUUUACCUUUUAAUUAAUGCGACUUUAAGAAUAUAUACAUACCGAUAAAUAAAUAAAGCAAAAUUCA